CAGGGUUUAUUAAAAAUCUGAUAUCUAUAUAUCUUUCUCAAAUAAAACAUACUAAAAAAAUUCUGUUGAAUAUCCAAUCAUCGUAUAGAAACGGAACACACACCACAACGGUAAAGUGAUUUUAAGUAGUAGAAAACACAGCCGUUGUCGCUGGUCCCGUAUUCUACGCAGGAUUCAAUACGCUUCACGGACGACGCCCACGUGGCCACGUGCUUCUUUCUCCCACGCAUUCUAUUUCUUCAAACCGGCCAAGGGCACAAGCGUCAUUUCAACAUCCCUCUCCCCGCGCUAACAAAUACGACAUCGUCUUCCGUCAUCGCUCUCCUCAUUCUCUCACUACGUCUCACUGUGCUAGUGGUGUGUGCAGCUGAAUAUAUAUAUACUUACAUACUCCAAUGUAUACAUACAUAUAUAUAUAUAUAUAUAUAUUAUUAGUUUAGAGAGAGAGAGAGAGAGGUAUUAAAUUGAGGAGUAAUGCAGUUGCUGUUUGGUUCGAAGAUUUUUGACUGAGAUCGUGUGAGGAGUUAUUCUUAAUGUAAGAUCGGAUCCUGCAUUUAGUUUGGAGAUUCUUGUAAGGAUUAUAUUCCUUUGUUCUUGGCAUAUUCGGAAGCUAAGCUUCUCUACCAUACAAUUACAAACCCUAAUCUGAGGUCUCGGUUGAGUGCAGCCGAAGUGGGGGGCCACUGUUUUUGUUUUCAAGGGCCUUACCAGAUUUGGUGUUUAAAAAAAAUGAAGAAAGAGCUACAGGGAAAUAUCAUCAUUACUUGGAGUCGAAGGAUAGUUGGGGUCCCCAUUAAGUUAAGCUUUCUGUUUAUUUUUUUAUUGAUGCUGCUGCUUAAAAAGAUGGAACUCUUAGGUUUCUGGUGGGAGAAAAGGAUUAACAAGGGACAUUAAGCAAAUUGCUUAAUCACCACCAACUACUGAUUAGUACUAUUUUAGCAAAAUUGAUAUCGUGUUAGUUGGUAAAAUCAUGUUUAAAUAGCUUCGUCCACUGCUGAUGAAAAAUGCACUGGAGUUGGGGUAUUUAUUUCGACUGCAAGCACAGCUAACUUUUCUCUAGUAACCUAACUGUCUUGCCUUUUUGAGUACGAUGAAGGGUACAUCAAAUAUCUUUGUCAUUAUAUAUUGUUUGUUUGGGUUGCUGGUAGGUUUCUGAGUAUGGACAUCUCAUCUUUCGAGUGAUUGAAGUGGAUUUGAGGAGGUGGAAGAAACAAUGGGGGCUAUUGGUGCUGAAGAGUUGAUGAAUUGGGAGAAAAUGCAGGGUAUUGGGAAUGGAAAGGAAGAGAAGAUAUUGGUACUGGUGAGGUUAAGGCCAUUGAGUGAAAAGGAGAGUGCAAGGGCUGAAGUUUCAGACUGGGAAUGCAUCAACUCAACCACCAUUUUGUACCGGAACAGCCUUCGGGAGCGCUCUGGACUACCGACAGCUUACUCAUUUGAUAGAGUAUUUCGAGGUGACUGCACAACAAGGGAAGUUUAUGAUGAGGGUACAAAGGACAUUGCUCUAUCAGUUGUUGGUGGCAUCAAUUCAACUAUCUUUGCAUAUGGUCAAACAAGCAGCGGAAAGACUUACACUAUGAAUGGUAUAACUGAUUAUGCAGUGGCUGAUAUUUAUGAUUACAUACGGAAGCAUGAAGAAAGAGCAUUUGUCUUAAAGUUCUCUGCAAUAGAGAUUUACAAUGAAGUUGUUAGAGACCUCCUUAGCACAGAUAAUUCUCCACUAAGGCUCCUUGAUGAUCCGGAAAGGGGGACUAUAAUAGAGAAACUCACAGAAGAAACUUUGAGGGAUCGCAAUCACCUCAAGGAGUUGUUAUCCAUAUGUGAAGCACAAAGGCAAAUUGGAGAGACCUUAUUGAAUGAAACAAGCUCCAGAUCCCAUCAAAUUCUUAGAUUGACAAUUGAAAGUUCUGCUCGUGAGUUUUUAGGGAAGGGCAACUCAACCACCCUUGCUGCUAGUGUGAACUUUGUUGAUUUGGCAGGGAGUGAGCGGGCAUCUCAAGCUCACUCAGUUGGGCAGAGGCUGAAAGAAGGCUGUCAUAUUAAUCGUAGUUUGCUCACUCUGGGCACGGUGAUUCGCAAGCUAAGCAAAGGGCGACAAGGCCAUGUUAAUUACAGAGACUCAAAGCUUACACGUAUACUGCAGCCCGCUUUGGGAGGCAAUGCAAGAACUGCUAUCAUUUGCACUUUGAGCCCUGCCAGAAGCCAUGUUGAGCAAUCAAGGAAUACACUCUUAUUUGCUUGCUGUGCAAAGGAGGUAUCAACUAAUGCACAGGUCAAUGUAGUGAUGUCAGAUAAGGCAUUGGUGAAACAUCUGCAGAAAGAGGUAGCAAGGUUGGAGAGUGAGUUAAAAAUUCCAGCAUCACUAUGCGAUCAUGCGCCAUUGCUAAGAAAAAAAGAUAUGCAGAUUGAAAAGUUGGAGAAAGAGGCUAGGGAACUAAAGAGGCAACUAGGCCUUGCCAAUUCUAAAAUUGAGGAGUUAAUCAGAGAGGCUGAAAUUAAUGGGAACUUUAGGUGUAAUGGAGAUUCGGAGCUAUUGCUUCCAGAGAAUAGUGAAGAUCAUUAUUUAUCUGAUGGUACAUCUUAUCCAAGUCAAGUUAUAAAGGGAACUCCUAUAAAAGUUGAAGAUUGUGAUGACAUCAAGGAUGUUCGAUGUAUCGAGAUGGAUGAAUCAUCCCAGGAUAGAACAUGCGAGUCUUUUGGCCAGUCGACUAGUAAUGCUGAAGAAAUGUUGCAAACAUGGACGGAGCCUGGUAAUAAUGGUCACAUUGUGGAUCAUGAGAUGCUAUCGGCUUCACCUAGACAAGUAAGUGGCGCUGAAAAUGGUUACUCAUAUGAUGCAGAAGAGCGUAAAAUUCCAGAUGUAAGGAGUACCGCUGAUUCUUUUUUGGGGCCCUACCCUGAUUCAUCGUCUUCUGGUGCUCCAUCAACUAGUCUAAUGAGUUCCGGGAGCCUAAAGUUAAUUAGAAGCCGAAGCUGUAGAGCUAGUUUAAUGACUUGCUUAUCUGACUUUGAGCCUGCCGAACAAAGUCAGAGCACACCUCCUCAUGUCUUUGAGAAGGACUUCACAGGAAGACCUGAAAGUGGCUUCCUCAGGAAGCACUGGAAACUUCCUCCAACAAUUUAUGGCGCAAAUGAUGCAAGAUUGACGAGAAACGAUUCUCUAAACUCUGAUUGCAGUAGCUUCAUUGAUGAAGCUAAAAAUCAGAGCAGCGCCCAUGGGGAAGAAGAUAUUCCAACUCUUGGUUCUUUUGUUGCUGGACUCAAGGAGAUGGCAAAGCUUCAAUACGAACACGAAGCUGCUGGAAAUCUGCAGGUAAAGGGAGACGAAAAUGGCUCUAGAGAUCUCGUGAUGGACCCUAUGCAAGAUUGGCCCAUGAAAUUUGAGAAGCUGCAGAGAUUGAUAAUCGAACUAUGGCAUGCUUGCAAUGUUUCGUUAGUCCACAGGACAUACUUCAUCCUCCUCAUUAAAGAAGAUUUCACAGAUUCCAUUUAUAUGGAGGUAGAGCAUAGGAGACUAUCCUUCCUAAAGGACACAUUUUCUGGGGGCAACUCAGUUGUACAAGACGGCUGUACGCUCACAUUGGCAUCAAGCAAGAGAGCUCUUCGUCGUGAGAGGGAAACACUGAGCAGGCUUAUGAAUAGAAGGUAUACAAAAGAGGAGAGGAGCAGACUCUACAUCGAGUGGGGCGUGGAUCUCGACUCAAAGAGGAGGAGGCUGCAGCUAGUUAACCGUUUGUAUGGCAACACCGGGAACACAGACCAUGUGAGUCGGAGCGCUGCUGUCGUGGCAAGGCUCAUCGGGUUCUCGCAACACGGGGUGGCCCUCAAGGAGAUGUUUGGACUCAGCUUCACACCUCCGCGCAUGUGCAGAAGAUCGUUUAGCUGGAAAAACAGUAUGUACUCCCUUUUGUGAAGUUGCCUUCUAUCUAUAGGUGGGGAUUGGAUGGAUGGUUUCAUCUAUGAUAUUAGAUGUAAUGACGUCGUUUUAGUAAUGAAAUUUCUGGCGCCAUUUUCCCAGUCAGAUGCGGAUGCGGCUAUGGUACGAGAUAACGACGUCGUUUUACUAAUGAAUUUUUGGCACCAUUUUCCCAUUGAUUGUAAGACUACGCAUAUUGAAAUUAGAUUUGUCCAUGAAUGAUCUAUGUUACUAAUUAUUAAUAGAUUUUAUUGUUUUCCCUUAAA